GGUCUAACACAAAACAAUUAACCACACCAAUAAAUAGGAAGCAUGAAAUUAAAUAAUAUUUCCUUUUCAAUCAAAGCAUAGUAUAAAAAUGCUCACUUGAAUUGGAUCUCACAACAAAAGCUUAACCAAUACCAAAAGAAUCAUCAUCAUCACUCAAAUUCUCUCCUUUUCCUUGAAAUUUCUUUCCUACAAAUUAAAUUAAAUCUUGCAAUGAAUUGGACAAGAGGCAAGCUCAUUGGCCAUGGCUCUUCGGCCAUGGUUUUCCUAGCAAAGUCUCUUCCUAGUGGAGACACCUUGGCCGCCAAGUCGAUUGAGUAUUCGAGAGCAUAUACCCUUCAAAAGGAGCAAGAAAUUCAUUCGAGUUUAAAAUGUGAUCGAAUUAUUGAGUACAAAGGGUGUGACGUUACUCUUGAAGAUGGUAAACUUUUUUACAAUAUCCUUCUUGAGUAUGCCUCUGGAGGCACAGUUAUGGACGUGAUACAAAAGAAAGAUGGUGGCAUAACGGAGCCUCUAGUUAGACGAUAUACCAAAGAAAUUGUUCAAGGUAUAGAGUACUUGCAUUCUAAAGGUAUGGUACAUUGUGAUAUUAAGGGUGCUAAUAUAUUGGUAACAAGUGAUGGGGUGAAAAUUGGGGACUUUGGGUGUUGUAGGAGGUUUGAUGAUUUGUCUAGUACAAAGAUCGGUGGGACCCCCAUUUACAUGGCACCUGAAGUGGCACGUGGUGAGCAACAAAGUUAUCCAUCGGAUGUUUGGGCUUUGGGCUGCAUAGUUUUUGAGAUGGCUACUGGACUUAGCCCAUGGCCUAAUAUUUCCCAAGACCCACUUUCGGCCCUUUAUCAUAUCGGGUUUUCAGGUGCAUUGCCCGAAAUUCCGGACUUCUUACCCGGGCAAGCCAAGGACUUCUUGUCUAAAUGCUUCAAGAAAGACCCAAAAGAAAGGUGGUCAGUUGCUGAACUCCUUAAGCAUCCUUUUGUUUGUGAAGAUGGGCCAUUCCAUGGGCCUAGUUUAGAUACUCCAACGAGCAUAUUGGACCAAGGUAUUUGGAAAACCCUGGAGGAUCCGUAUAUAGUCCAGAAAAAUAUGACCCAUGUAAGAUCCACCAAGUCUCCUUUUGAGAGAUUAAGAGAAUUGAUAGUAAAUUCAUCUUCGGAUGAAUUUCCUAAUUGGGCUUCGGAUGAGGACUGGAUCACAGCGAGAAGCAAUAAAAUUGGUGAUGAGGCUGAGAGUAUAUUCAGUGGGCUAGGCCUUAUUUCAGCCCAAAUCAUCCAGCCGAAUAUGGCAGGUACAUCUGGGUUAUGUCCAACUAUUGCGCCCAACUUUCUAUUUCUUAGUUUGGAUUUACCAAACCGAUGUAAGGAUAGUAUGUAUAGUAUGUAUAGUAUGUGUAGUUGUAAGAGCAAAAGUGAUGAGAUCAUGAAAAGUUAUUUCACUUGUAAUUAUAUGGAUAUUAACUUUUGUUCUAUCAAUAUUAUGGAAUAUUUUCUUCUAGCAAGCUUUUGGGAAUCUUAG